GCAGAUCAUACUCUACUCCCCGAGUCCGCGGCAGUUUUUCUUUUCUUUUCCUCUCUUCUUUAUGGCUGGAAUAUGAGAGCCACCAGCACGGUCUGAGGCGCGUGGAUCGGAGAGACAGAGACGAGGUGAUUCGGUGAAACGCCUGCAGGCACGAAAGAGCGAGUCUCAGCACCUGUGGACUAACGGUAUUUGGGCCACUGUACAGAGUUUGACUGGAGGACGCUGUGUGGCCAGAGCAUGGGGUGAUGAGGACUAUCCUCUGCUAACCUCAAUGCAGAUGACCAGUGAUGGCCACAGCAUCACCUCGACAUUUGUUGGAUGACCUAAUAAACACAGGACAACAACAACAACAGGAACAGCAGCAGGAAUUGCCGAUCUCGCUGGAGGCGAUUGUUCUCACCAUCUUUCUCUCCAUUAUUAUCAUAAUGACAGUGUUUGGCAACCUGCUAGUCAUGGUGGCACUCUGCAAGGACAGACAUCUACGAAGGAAGAAAACUAACUACUUUAUUGUGUCGCUGGCGUUUGCUGACUUGCUGGUUGCGUUGUUGGUGAUGCCCUUCGCUGCGAUCGAGCUGACCACCGGCCAGUGGAGAUAUGGAGAGAUCUUCUGCUUGGUCCGAACGUCUCUGGACGUCCUGUUGACUACAGCGUCCAUUCUGCACCUCUGUUGCAUUGCGCUGGACAGGUAUUACGCUAUCUGCUGCCAACCGCUGGUCUACAGACACAAGAUGACCCCAGUCAGAGUGGCAGUGAUGCUCAGUGGCUGUUGGCUCAUCCCCACAUUUAUCUCCUUCCUACCAAUCAUGCAAAGCUGGAACGCCAUCGGCAUUGAAGACAUUAUUGAAGAGAGGCGAGCCUUGGCAGGAGGCUCCAACGACACAAGCUGUGUGUUUCUGGUCAACCGGCCGUACGCCCUGAUCUGCUCUGCGGUGGCCUUCUACGUCCCGUUGGCCCUCAUGGUCCUGGCCUACCACCGGAUCUACAUCACCGCCAUGACCCACGUGCGGCAGAUCGAGACACUACAGCGGGCCGGCUCCGCUCCUGUCACCGGGACAGCUCCGCUGAUCACCCUGAGGCCCUCCACUUCCUCAGAUCCAUCGGAGACCUAUCGCCUUAGGACAACACCGGACUCCUCCUUAGAGCACGCUCCCAUAGCGAAUAGCCGCAUGCGUGUUGAGACUAAGGCGGCAAAGACGCUGGCGAUUAUAAUGGGUUGUUUCUGCCUAUGCUGGGCGCCGUUCUUCAUCACUAACGUGGUGGACCCCUUCAUCCAUUACUCAGUGCCCUGGCAGCUGUGGACAGCCUGGCUGUGGCUCGGGUACAUUAAUUCAGGGUUGAAUCCCUUCCUGUAUGCCUUUCUGAACCGGGCGUUUCGAAGGGCGUUUCUGGUGAUCCUCUGCUGUGGGGAUGAGCGGUACGCACGGCAGGGGAGCUGCUCCUAUGGACACACCCACAGAGUGUGCUCGGCUGCGUCCGUCAACGGAACGUCUAUGGCACUAAGAUUGUCCCUUCUGCCAAACCGGAGCUACAGCGACAACGGGCAGACGAUACUGGCCAACGAGCAGUACUAGGACUCUCUUGGACAACUAUGAGGAUGUCCUUGACAGAGCUGUGACAUCCUCAGCUGAUGGGAGGGACCUUCGACUUAGUUUGGAGACGAAGACUUCAUGGCCUCUUUGAUUUCAACAGCCUAAUGUUAACUGACCUGUUCAUGAGAAGGUUGUCUCACCUGGAUAUUCACUCUUUGAUCUAGCAUCAACGUGUGACUUCUUUUUUUUAUUUUAAUUUUUUUUACACGUUUGUUGGUGCUGUUCAGGGUUAGAGGCAUCAGACAAGUGCAGACAGUGAGAUCUGACUCUUGGGGAACGAAUGAGGCUCUCUUCACUGGAUACCAGUUGCUGUCCGCAUCCACUUUAAGACACAAGUACUUAUACGCAUACAGGGCCACGAACAGAUCAGACCCAGCUUACAUCCAGGACAGGUUCUCGCUCUAAAACGUGAAGAACUGUUCUUCUCAGUCGAACAACUGGAUCACAGGAGGUGAAGAUCGAGUCAGCGGUCCAGUGCCACAGAUCUCCGAAAACUCCAGCAGACUACAAGCCAAACUCUGGCUAACGUGAGGGCUGGAGUAAGAGGCCUCUUAUGCUUUCAACCUCUAUGAUGACAUUCCAUCAUAGUUAUAGCAGAGCUAACUGCCAGCUGGUCACACAGGUGACUGCAGGUCUCGUUAAAUUAAAGUUCAGUUUAUUGUACAGAAGUUUGUAUUCUUGUCUUUUACCAGCAUCGACAGCACUCUGAAACUGUUGAAUGUAAUGUCGAAAGUGGACGUUUUUAUUCUUACCCUAUAUUUUAUAUUCCAUUUUGAAAUAGCUGCAAAAAAAACACGAAAAGGCAGAGGGUGUAAAAAAUAAAUAAAUGACUUCAACGCAAGGCAAUUUUGUGAUGAAAUACAGCAUCAUAAAAAUGGUUUGUUGACCAUUGUGAUGAAACACUUGCCUAAACCUUUCAUGGCACAUCAAAUAUUGUUGCACUUACCUCUGUGGGUUGAAAGUUUUGAAUGUGUCCACACCUAACAGUGAUGUUGUGUUGGUUUGGUAGUGAAGCUCUACAUCAUUGCAGCAAGGUGGAAAGCUUAAUGGCCAGUGUUGAAAUCCCUCUUCCUGCAAGGGGCAACAUUGAGACAUAUUAUUGUAAAUAAAUAACACAUGGUUUUAAAGCACUGACAGUGCAUAUGCAUCCAAUCAGUCAUACUGCCACAAAUGUAUCACAACAAGUAAAAGCUUGAGGAAUCUAAAAAAAAAAAGAAGUUUGGUCUGAUUAAACAUUUGUGAAAUGAGCACAAUUUCUUUAAAUUUACAUAUCAGCUCAUUAGAAUAUAGCGCCACCCAUGUGAGUAACUCCACCACGACUUGAGAACUACCUUUGCAAAGAUGUGCCGUUUGUCUCUCGCAAGCCAAUCAGAGCAGACUGGGCUUUUUGGGAGGGGGGUUAACAGAGACAGGCGAUAAAACGGAGCAUUUUAGACAGAGGGUGAUUACAGUUAUAUUAAGACAGACAGUUUGAGAAAAAGCAUGUAAACAUGUUCUAGGACUAGUAGAAAUCCCAAAUACAAGAAUGAACCUAAAAAAAGAAUAAUAUGGGACCUUUAAAUGCAGAAAAUGGUAAAUAAUAUGAAUAUGUUCCUCAUUAGACUUGAUAAGCAUAUUCAGGCCAAGGUGAAUAUUAAGGUCUGAUUUCACUCAAAUGACGCAUUAGAGACUUCGUCCACAUGUUGAGUUGGCUGAUGGUUGGACUGUGUUUUAAAGUGCCAUUAAGUCAUUUUUUUUACCACUAGAGAUCAAUAUUCACUCUUGCUAAGCUUUGAUUUGGUCUCUAUUUUCAUUACCAGCCAUUUGUUUUGGCUCCGUUUUGGCUCUCUCUCUGCCCUUUUGUGUUGGGCAUUAAGCAUAUUCUCAGCACGUAUGAGCUAGUUUGCUUGCAUCAGCCUCCUACAGUAGGCUACAUAGGAGGCCUGUGAGAGCCAGGGCUCUGAAAAAACAAAAUAAUUGAAAAGUGGCCAAAAGCAAUUAAAUACAGCUAAAAUCAGUAUGGAGCUUCAGAGUCGGCUGUUUUUCUUAGUGGGGGUGGCAGUACUAGUGACCUGUUCACAUUACUCAGAGCCAUUUCAGUUAAAAAGGUAAAUUAAAAAAUGCCUCUCUUACACAGGAGUUAACUCUUCUCCGAUGUUUGAUGCUCAGUUUACAUAUCUGAACUGCAUCUGUCUCUCUCUGUCUGUUUAUCACAACACGUUCAGGAGAUUGACACACAGAGGUGUGAUACCAUCUCAGCCGCCCACAUUCGGUCAUCAUUAUUUUUCAUUUAAAUUUCUUUAUGCAUAUCCGCCUCAGAAAAGUCUAGCUUCAAAGAUGACGAGCUGAAUGAAUGUCUUGUUACAAUGUGACAACUUUUAAUAGUUCACUGUGCCCUGUAUUUCAUCUUUAUUGUGCGCAAUGGAGAUGACGAAUAAACAGAGAAUUUGA